AUGUUUCAAUGUGGGGCCGGUUUUCGGUCCACAAUCCCGCCUUCUUUCGCACCUACAUUUUUCCGAACAUCGCGACUUUUCUGCUUCGCCUGUUCUGGGACAGCUAUUGACGACGGCCAUUGGCGGUUUAGUUAUAUCGACAAGAUGGCCGCUUCAUUCAGAAUUGGCAGCUCAAUGGUGUCGAGAGUAGCUACACGUUCAACAUGUCUCGCCAAGAGGACAUUCACAACCUCACUCGCCUUCCGAGCAGGCCCCAAGAUUCCUACAGAUGAUGAGGCACCUCCAGCCAUCGCUCCUCUAGUUCGAUCGAACCCUCUCGUUGGCAAUAUUCCUCCUUCACCACCUCCCGCCGGCUCUGUCACCGAAUCUCCCACCGAAUCAAAGCCCAGCCACGCCUAUGAUGCUUCGAAACCCGUCAGUCUGGACAUUGCAUCCAUCAUUGCCAACAAAUCCAGCGCAUACGGCGCUGACAUUGACUCGGAUCCAAUUGCUCGACCUCAAAUCCGCGCCAAGGCCGUCACUGGUCGUACAGUCUUCAUCAAGGACCGAGUGACCAAGACCACCGGUCCCACGCCAAUGGUCGCUCUUCGAGUUCUCAACAGAAUCAUCCGAGAGGACCAAGUCAAGAACAAGUUCCACAGCCAAAAGUUCCACGAGCGAAAAGGCCUUAAGAAGAAGAGGCUAAGGAGUCAGCGAUGGCGAUCACGAUUCAAGCAUGGUUUCAAGGCGACUGUUAGCAGAGUUAUGGAGCUUAAGAAGCAGGGCUGGUAG